AUGCGGACCAAUCAAAAAUAUAGUUAUUAUUAAAUUUUUAAAGACAUGUGCCAUUUAGUUUAAGUUAGAUUGAGAAACAUUAUUUUUAAGAAAAAACAUAUCUAAACAUUGUAGAGUGGUCAAUAUAAUCCAAAGUUCUAUAAUUUAAUAAGAGAAAAUAAUUAAGAAGUUAAAUGUGAUGGAUUCAAUUAAUGAUGGUUAUCAAAAAUCAAAUGAUAUUAAAUUUAAUUUAAGUAAUUGCAUUCUAAUUGUAAGAUUUCUGUUUAAAUUUAGAAUAAUUUAUUUAUUAAAAUGAAAAGUGUUAUAUUUUAAAUGGAAUACAAUUACAAUCUAUUAGAUUAAUAAUAUGGGAUGAACUAUUAUAUGAAUAAAGUGAUAAUAAUGAAUGGGAGAAGUGUUUUAAAAUGCCAAUUGAUAUACAUACAGGUCAAUUGAUUUUAUUAUGA